CGCGAGGCGGGCUGGCACGCCGCGAGCCCGCCCGGCCCUGCCCCCAUGGGCGCGCGGCGCCCGCGCUAGAGCCAUGAGCCUGCCGCGCGCCGCGUGGGCCGAGGGCGGCCGGGAGCCGGGGGCGGCGGGGCCGGGGGCGGCGGGGCCGGGGUCGGAGGCGGGCGGCUGCGGCUUCGCCCCGGGCUGGCUGGGCGUGUGCUGCGCCGCGCGCCUGCCCGCCGCCUCGCCCCGCUACCUGCUGCCCGCCGAGGAGGAGGAGGCGGCGGAGGGCGGCGCGGCGCGGGGCGGCGGGAGCGGCCCCGGCGGGGCGCGGGGCGCGGCGGCGGGCGGCGGGCGGCCGCGGGGCGGCGGCGGCGGGCCCGGCCUGCGGGCGCAGGUGAGCGGCGUGCAGAAGCAGCGGCGGCUGGCGGCCAACGCGCGGGAGCGGCGGCGGAUGCACGGGCUGAACCACGCCUUCGACCAGCUGCGCAAUGUCAUCCCCUCCUUCAACAACGACAAGAAGCUCUCCAAGUACGAGACGCUGCAGAUGGCGCAGAUCUACAUCAGCGCCCUGGCCGAGCUGCUGCACAGCCCCGACGCACCCCCCGACGCCCCCGGCAAGGCCGAGCACCGCGGGGCUCCCUUCGAGCCGCCCUGCGCCGCCGGGGCCGGCCCGCCGCCGGGGCCGCCGCCGCCGCCGCCGCCGGGGCCGCCGAGAGCCUCGCCCCCCGGGCACGGCAGGACUCGCUUCCCCCCGCCGCCGGCCGCGGGGGGCUACGCGGUGCAACUAGACCCGCUGCACUUCCCAGCCUUCGCGGAGGGCGCCCUGAUGGGACAGAGAGCCCCUUCCCCCGCCCUCCUCAUGCCGCAGCCCGGGCAGCCGCCGCAGGAGAGGAGCAAAACGUCGCCUCGGUCCCACAGGAGCGACGGGGAGUUCUCGCCCCGUUCCCACUACAGCGACUCGGACGAGGCCAGCUAGGGCGGGGGCGCCGUCCCCAGCACCCCCCGGGGCCGCGGCCGCCCCUCGGAGCACGGACUCCGCCGCGGGGUGAGCAGGCGGCCGCGGUGCCGUCUCGGAUGGCAUCGGCUCCCCUCGGUCGCCCCGCAAUCCGCCCCCUCUCUCUUCCCACCCCCCGGCAGCUCCUGCGUUUGUCCAGGGGAACGGCUAUUAGCGAAUGACUCUACCCGCCCCCUCUGUCAGGGUUGCUUGGGGUUUUGUUUUUGUUUUUUCUUCUCCAUCUUUAGUUACCACUUUAAAAGUUUAUUUUGCCUAGAAGUCGUUGCCGUUCCCUCCUGCCAACACGCCACCUUGCAGCGCGGAGCCUGGCUUGCGCCGCCGGCGAGCAGGUGAUGCACCAGGAGAAAGUCUGGCCCCGCUGCUGCUGCUGCUGCUGUUACUGCUGCUGCUGCCCGGCGGGCGGGCGGGGGUCCCGCCGGCGCCCUCCCCACCCGGACGUCCACCCGCGCUGCCACCCGCGUCUUCCAGGACACUGCUGUCCUGGGCCGUAUUGCUAUGGAAACACACACACACAGACACAGACACACACGAAGUAAAUAACGCACCGACUUGUCCUGUGAAUAGCGGAGAAAAGGUGGAUUUUCCUUAGCGCACCAUGUCGGCGUCUUUUGCGGGGGGAAACUUGGCGCAAGCACUUUAUCAGCGGCUGGAGAUGCGGUUUCAAGAGGAAAGCUACUAACUGCCAAUUGGAGACCAAUACUUAAUUAAGCCACUUAAUCCUAAUGCUCCCGUAAAAACGAAAACAGUUUUGUCGUGUCAAACUUUUAUGUCCGUUUUAUUUUGCUUUUGUGGUAAUAGGAAGCGUAUUUAUUAUGGAGUGUUUGCUACU